UGAUUCAGUCAGCGAACUGUUAUGCAUUAUCUCGCUUCCUGUGUUAUUAAUGAAUCUAUCGGAGGUUUGACAUUUGAAUCACACGAACACUGUGAAUGACAUGGAGUUACAUGGUUAAGGAAUAAGAGUUAGUUUAAAAUUAAAUAUUAUCGGAAAUAUUUACUUUACUUACAUGUCGUCUGCUAGGUUGUAGUGGUCUAAAUAUAAUCUGCUUUGUUUCGGUUGCAACCGUGUCCCACUUUCGGACGGAUAUGUAAACACAAAAUGAACUAACUUAACAGCUGAUUAGUGAGAAAAAUACACAAUUACGGGGCCGUCUUAUGAAAGUAUGGGGGACUACAUGUCCCCUAAAAGGAGAGAUGUUAUUGACAGAUUACGACGACGUUUUGAAGUCUACCGACGUCGCCAGAACGGGUUCCAGCAACGGUAUGACUUCGGACAGAGGUCUAUUUAUGAGCAAGAGAGGCAACAUGCUCUGGUAUUACGCCAAAAAUGGCUUGAAAGUAAAGCGAAAAAGGCUUCAAAGAGCAAAUCAAAGGCGGACAAUAGCGGGUCUGAUCACCGAAAUCAAAACGUAGCGAAACGACUGAAACAUAAAAUAGACAACAACACUUUGGAGAACCAAAAUCAGCUUCAAAGUCAUCCAGAGAAUGUAUAUCGCUUUGAAGACGAUGACGGAGCACCGCCAACUAAAACUCUUGCCACUUCCGCCAAUAAUUCAGCGACAGACGGAGGAAUCUUGUCCAGUGUUUCAGUGCAUAUAGUUCACCAGAUUAACGGUGGAAAGUCUCAACAGGAACAGAAAAUCUCAACAAAUGUUACAGUAAAUCAGACUAUUAAAUCUCAGACCGAACCGGAAACUGAUGUUCAAACUAAUGUUGAGUGUAAACAAGAGCCAAACGAGGAUUCCAUAAAUCAGACAAACUCCAGUAAUAACAAUAAUAAUUCGGAUUUAGACGAAUCGGACCUAACGGACAUUUUGAAUAGUUUUGAAAAAGACGAAGAAUUGCCUCAAGAGAUAAUAGAUGAACUGAACAAAUUUGACGAAAUAUAUAGACAUGUUCAGGACUCUGAGGAGAAUGUUAGUGGUUUGAAAACGUCAGAUUCAAACGGAAAUAUGUUUGCUUCAAAUAUGUAUGUAGACCCUAGUCAGGGUCAGGCACAGGUUCGAACCCCACCCUACAGGGGAACGCCGUCACAUACUGCUCAGACUAUGACCGAAGGUGGUUUAGCUGCAGAGACUUUGAAACAAAUGGCGGCUCAACAUCAGCAGCACCAUCCAGGUCAAGAACAGUUUGGUGUCAAAUCUGCAGUGGACCCUUUUAGUGACUUAUCAGAAACUGGCAACUUCACCAGAAAUGGAUACUCACCGCAGGAUUAUUAUAGUGGUAUGCAAAACCGUACUGGCUCCACGGGCUCGUACCCAGGUCAGCCCAGUAUUGGAUAUCCGCAAGGAGGUAAACAAUCGGUGCCAACAUAUGGUCAAAACACUAACAAACAAUUAGCACAUUACGCUCAUAACACGCCAAGUUCUCAAGCCGACACUGGGCCGUCAUCUCUUCAACAGCUUCAGAAUCAGGUUGCUCAUUUCAACCAAGGACCUCAAAUGGAAAUAACUCAAACGCAACAUAUGCAGGUCUCGGAUGGUUCUCAUCGUAUGCAAAUGUCUCAGACACAGCAUGUUCAACUUCGACAACCUUUCCCAAAUAUUUCACUCACUCAGCAACAGGGAUUUGCUGCAUCUCCGCCUAAUGUUGUUCCAAAUUCUUCUCAGUCUCAGACUUUUAUGCCCAAUGAUCAAAUGACAAUGCAGCAACAACAGCAGAUGAUGCAGAAUAAAAUACACACAGAUCAAAGACAGGCACAAAUGCAGCAAUAUAUGAAUCGGCCACCUCCAGAAUAUAAAAUGCAACAUAGCAUGAAUGGGGGUAUACCUUCAAAUAGCAUGGGACAAAAUCCCUUGCAGACUAUUCAAAAUAUGGUGAAUCAAACAAAUACUCAUCAAAAUCAGGGUUAUUCUUCAGUGAAAAGUGAAGUAAGUGAAAUGCAAAGUGGCAUGCGGGCUGCACAAUUGACAGCAAUGCAGCAACAACAACAAAUGGGUAUGUCAAUGUCUCAGACUCAACUGAAUUACUCAAAUCAGUCAAUGCAGAGGCAAGCGUCAUUUCCAGGUGCUCUAUCUCACCAAAUGGCUGGUAGACCGCAGAGACCACCUAACGCGCCAACAUAUACUAGUGCAAUUAUGAGAAAUCAAAGACCUCCAAAUGUAAAUACUGGACCCGAUGGACUUAAUAUCUCGCAGCCCAUUGUUGGAAACCCUCGGCAGCCACAAGACUGGCCGCGGGUUAUGAAUCCUAUGUCAGCACACGCAGUAAGACACGGUGCGCCGACCACUUCUGCGGGGAUGAUGCAGUAUCGGUCAUACUCGUCAGACGGCCAUUCUACAAGCGCCGCUCAGAUGCAGAUGCAUCAUCAGAGUCAAAGGACGAUGCAUAUGGAUCCAAUGCAGUCUCAGCAAGCGGCCAUGAUGCAAAAUAGUGCGCAUGCGCAACAAAUGAUGAUGCAACAGCAGCGAAUGCAAAUGACGCAACAAAUGGGCCAAAGCACACUCACGAGACAAACCCCACCGUACGGCAUGGCGUCACAAGGGGGCACAUUCCCUCAAUCAAGCACAUCUCAAGAAGACAUUUUAAAUCUCUUAGACACUACACCCAACCAGAAUACUGAUUUCUAUGACGUUCCAACAUCCGGUGGCGCCUCGGAAGCUAAUUGGUAUGACAUUGAGGAUAUUUUAGGCAAUCAAAAGUGAUUUUAAUAAGUUCACGACAGUGUAAUGAAAAAGUGCUCGUUCAAAAGUGUAGCUACAAAAACGUGAUGUUCCGUUUCACUGAAAGGCAUAAAUCUUUAUGUCUUCUACUAUUAUGCUUCAUACAGUCACAGAGCUUCGCUAGACGUUGUUUUUCGUGCUGGGAGUCAUUAGUUUAAGAAUCAAUAUGUGCAUUCCAAUGUACAGAAAGCAAAUAAAUGAGUGUCUAGCUAUUGAUGUAGUAAUGAAGAAAAUCGUUUUAUCUAUUGCUAAACAAAGAAAAUAAUUUCCCCAACUGCUUGUUAGAAGAGAAUUUUGUGAGAUUUGCUAACGAUUGUUUAUGGAUAAUUACAAAUGUUUCAAGUAACUGUCUUACUAGAUCUAGAAGAUUCGAUCUAAUAGAGAAAAGAAAUUAAGAUGAAAGCUAUCUUCAAAGUUCAGUAAAUACCUUUAUUUUGUGUGA